UAAAGUUAGUAAUUUCAAUAUGGCUGCACAGAGUGAGGGUGGGGGUAAAGAUGACAUAAAAACACAUUUCGUGACUCGCGAAGGAUCUUAUAAACUAAUGACCCAUUCAGAGUAUUCAAAACCUAGCCGUGUUGCAUUUAAUGGGCAAACAAAUACUCCUGUGAAAGUAUCAUUUGUUGAUGUAAAUGACGGUACAGCGUCUCCCGAUCGUUUAUGUUUCAAUGUUGGCAGGGAACUUUACGUUUAUGUUUACAAGGGUGUUCACAAGGCUGUGGACUUAACAAAGCCCAUUGACAAGCGUAUUUAUAAAGGUACACUACCAACCUGCCAUGACUUCAAUCAGCAUUAUUUCAGCCCAGAGAGUGUCCUGCUUCUAGUUGGCUUCACUGCUGGCCAAGUCCAGCUCAUUGAUCCCAUUAAAAAAGAAAUAAGCAAACUUUACAAUGAAGAGAGACUUAUUGACAAGACAAAAGUGACCUGCAUCAAAUGGAUUCCAAGCUCCUUAAAUCAGUUUCUAGUCUCUCAUUCCUCGGGACAGAUGUACCUUUACAAUGAGGAGUUGCCUUGUGGACAGACCCCGCCAAACUAUCAGCCUUUUAAACAGGGGGAUGGUUUCUCCGUCUACACUUGCAAGACAAAAAGUACUCGCAAUCCUAUGUAUCGUUGGGUCAUAGGGCAAGGAGCCAUCAAUGAGUUUGCCUUUUCACCUUGUUCCAAAUAUUUAGCAGUAGUGAGUCAAGAUGGCCAUCUUCGAGUGUUUCAAUAUAGCACUAUGGAUUUGUUGGGGACUAUGAAAAGUUUUUUUGGUGGUUUGUUGUGUGUGAAUUGGUCACCUGACGGGAAGUACAUUGUGACAGGUGGUGAAGAUGAUUUAGUUACUGUUUGGUCUUUCCAUGAAAAACGCGUUGUGUGUCGGGGUCAUGGCCACAGGUCAUGGGUCAACAUGGUGGCUUUUGACCCAUAUACUUCCAUUGUUUGUGAUGAAACUGUCAGUGAUGUUUUGGGGCCUGAUGGUGAAGUUUUGUCAGGCAGGACAGCUCCGGGUGUAUUAACAGAUGGCUCAAACCAUAUAUCUAAACCAGAUUUAACCGGUUGUUCGCAGGAUUACACUGCAAAUAAUUUGCCACAGCAGCAACCUAAUGGCCGUCAUGUGAGCACAUCCAAUCAUUAUUCUCCUUCAACUCUAGAAACAAGUACAACAUUAAAUUGCAUUUCCUACCGCUUUGGCUCAGUGGGGCAGGACACUGAGCUGUGCUUAUGGGACCUAACUGAAGACAUUUUGAAGCAGCCCUAUGGCAAAUCUCGGACUAGUAGUGUAGGGCUAGCCGGCAUCAAUUCAUCUUCAUCGCAGUCUUUACCCCGAUCCAAUAGUUUACCCAGUUCGCAAAAAUCAAACUCCGUAGCCUCGGUUGUGGCCAAUGACGUUUCUUCAAAUGCAUAUGCAGAUGGCCACGCCCAUCCUAUACAAAACGCUGUGAUGAAUGCUAGCUCCAAAUUUGCAACACUUUCUGUAUCUGAUCGUAAAGAUGAGAAGAAAGAACACAAGAGAAACUUUAGCUUAGCUGCAAGAAACAGUGAAAAAUCUUCAGUUGUGAAAUCUAAUAAUGUUCGUCCGGUGGAUAGUGCAAUGAAACUCUAUGGGACACAGGCUUGUCCUCGUUUGGACCAGGUUCCUAUCUUGGAGCCAUUAGUCUGUAAAAAAGUUUCCCAUGAAAGAUUAACUUCAAUUUCAUUCCGGAAUGAGUGUAUAGUGACAGCAUGUCAAGAAGGUAUUAUUUUAACAUGGGCCAGACCAGAAAAACCGAGAGACGGAGCAGAAUGAACUCUUGUGACCACUAAACUUAACCAACGAAGAAGACAUCCCAUAACUGACAGUCUGCCAAGAUGAUUAUUUAGCGAUUGACCAUGCCCUGGAGCUGCCAACUCUUUAAAUUUUGUUCCCAGACAAAUGUUGCUGUUCAUCAGGAAUAAAAACAAACAAACAAAUUCUGAUGCGUCUAGAAUGUGUUUGGUUCACUGGGAUAGAUGCAUAUGUGAACAAAUACAGUCCUUGUUUGGCUCAGUGGAAUAGAUGCAUAUGUGAACAUAUACAGUCCUGGCAAUGUUAUUUAUAACUUACACUGUCCAUAACCCCUUUUGUAUUUAUUACUUUCCCUUCCCUCUAUAUUCCAGACUUUAGAUAGUCCAGUUCUGUUGUGUUAGGGUUUGAUCUUUUGUGACUCCACUAGUAUUAGGGAACAAGAUUGAGGUAUAGUAUUGUGAUGUAGUUUCAUUGCUAUCUAUAACUACUAGCCAGAUGGGAGCUUUUUUUUUUUUUUGUGUGGCUACUAGCCAGAUAGCACUUUUUCGAUGAUUACUAGCCAGAUGGUUAGCACUGUUGGGCAGUUACUAACCAAAUAGUAUGACUUUUAGGCAGUUACUAGCCAGAUAUGUAGCAUAGCUUCUGUAUCUGUAAUCACCAGAUGCCCCAAAAUGUGACUGCAGCUUUAUAUCAAGGAUUGGCCUCUUUAAGUCACACAGGAAGUUGCAAAGAGACAGAUAAAAAUGCUACAGAGACAGAUAUAGCAUUGCUUAGAUGGUCGUUUGGUAACACUGUUUGAUGGCUGUGAACUUCUAAAUUUAUAUAUAUACUUGUUUUUAAAAACUGAAAAAAUCUACCUUUAUAUUUAGAGAGCGCCUUCCCCAUUCCUUAUCCUUCACAUUAUAAAACUAUAAAACUGCACAUAUAUAGGGUUUUAAAAAAGCUAUUUGAUACUUUCACGGUGGCAUGAGUUUGUGUCAAUGCUGCUAACUCGAAAGUGGGCCUGUGUAAGUUAGCUUAACUCUUUCUCUCCUAAUUGACGAUAUCAUCGUUGAUUUGACCUCAUUAAAUUAAAAUAAUGUUUGAUUUUAUAAACUUGACUUUGUGUUAUAUGAAAAGAGCAUGCAUUCCCCUUGAAUUCUAGACCAAAAUUAAACACUUUCUGAUAACAAAUGAAAAAGCUAUUCAAGCUUAAUCAUAACAGGGCAAAAAAAUAACUAAUGAGCAAAAUGAAGAAUUCCGUUGAAACGUGGAAAAUAAUUAUGGAGAGAAAGAGUUAAUGGUCAAUGGUCAAGAUCUUCACAAAUUGACCAAAAGUGGUGACAAACAAAUGUGCAUAAUAUAUUCCUGCAGUCCAUUUACACUUGAUCAGUUAUUUGAAGUGAAUUUAUUUUGUGUAGUGCUAGUUAACUUACAAUUGUGUUAAGGCUUUAUAUCAUUCAUACAUUAUGCAUUAGGUUUUCUAGAUACUGUUUUCAUUUUCCAGAGGUUUACUUUAUUGCUGAAUCAGUUUAAAAAUAAAUAAAUUUUGUAGCAAUAUGGAAUCUUCUUUUAACCUCUGAUCUCUGAUUUAUGUUUUAAUCACCUAUUAAUGAUGUCACACCUGUUCCGAAAUUGUGGCAGGCACUGACAUAAUGUAGAAAGUAUAUUUUUAUUGAUUGGGGGGGGAUGCUAUCAGCAACUCCCGUGUUAAAUUUAAUACACUUAUCAUUAACUGUAUUUGUUUUUUUUUUUUUUUUUAUUCUCCAACCAAUGUUGGUACUUAGUAAAAUCAGACAUAAUUAUAUUUUUGUUGAAUCGGGAGCUCCUUCUAACUGACCAGUUCUUGGUCAUUGGCUGUUGUCAAUGGGUUAACUUAUCUCUGUUUGUGUAUUAAUCAAAGCCCGAUUGUGAUACUAGUUCAAUGAUGUUAUUAUCUCCCUUGAGGUUGUUCCUAUACUGUUCAUGUCUUUAUUUAUUUCAGUUGCAACCAUUUGCUACGCACUUAUUAUGUUGUAUGUUGAAUAAUAUAUUAAAUCUGAAGAGUCAGUUCAGAGAUGACGCGUGUGUAAUGC